CCUCAGCUGUCGCCCAUCAUGACAGCCAGCAGCACCUCUCAAGUGUGCCUCACAAACUCUGCGAUACCGUUCACAGGCACACGAGCUCUUUUAUUCUGAGCACCCUAAUCACCAUAUACCAGCUCGUCAUCGCGUGUUUUUAUCCUCAUGCGCUGAAAUGCGCAGCUUAUCUGAAGACCUGCAGCAAAACAGCUCGCUCUGUCUCUUGUACGGCUGAUUAUUAGUCGCCAUUAGGAAGUCAAUGUUAGUAAGGCUGUUGCGGCUUGCUUUAGCGCGCGUUCCUGUAGGUUAUCUGUCAUUCAAUAGACCGAGGUGGACGCUUCUUUAUUGUGUUCACUGAAGACGCCUUAUAUUAAGCCAUUAUAAUCUGAUCUGAGGCACGCAAGGACACGCGCAGCGAUGUUCGAAACCAGAGGAAUUCCAUUUGUUUUGCUUGAUAUCGCGUGUCUAGUACUCGCUGGCCUCCCACUUGCAGCGUUUAACCUGGGUAAAAUCAAACCAUAUCAGCGGGGUUUUUUCUGUAAUGAUGAGAGCAUCAGCUAUCCCUUCCACAACAGCACAGUCACCUCCACUGUGCUGUACACAGUGGGCUUCACAAUUCCUAUUUGUAGUAUGAUCAUAGGGGAGUGCCUUUUAGUCUAUCUAAACCGCAUCAAAUCAAAGUCUUUCUGCAACGGUUAUGUGGCCUGUACCUAUAAGGCCAUUGGCACCUUUGUGUUUGGUGCCGCCCUGAGCCAGUCACUCACUGACAUUGCCAAGUAUUCCAUUGGCCGGCUUCGACCACACUUCCUGGAUGUGUGCAAACCCGACUGGAGUCGGAUCAACUGUACAAGAGGGGCUUACAUUGAGGACUUCAUCUGCACUGGGGACGCAGCAAAGUUCAAUGAGGGCAGACUCUCGUUUUACUCGGGUCACUCCUCAUUCUCCAUGUAUUGUAUGCUGUUCCUGGCACUUUAUCUUCAAGCAAGAAUGCAAGCUGAGUGGGCACGACUCCUUCGACCCACGAUCCAGUUCUUCCUGAUCGCUGCCUCAGUCUAUACAGGAUUGUCCCGUGUCUCAGACUACAAACAUCACUGGAGUGACGUGCUCACAGGCCUCAUACAAGGAGCAAUCGUGGCUUUACUAGUGGUAUUCUUUGUGUCAGAUUUCUUCAAAAAGAAGGUUGAACCACAGGAGGCAGAGAUCCCACACACCACCUUACAAGAGACACCUACGAAUGGAAAUCAUUACGACAGCCCAAACUAAACUAUCAGGGACCUUGUUCACGCAACCCAUUGAGUCGAUGGGAAAAAGUUUAAGCGUGCACCCACUACAAAGGCAGACCACUAGGGUGGAAACCUGUGAAUGUAACCUUGCUUUAAAUGUUCUACAAACCCCCCUGCUGUGGGUUUGGGUCUCUUUAAUGACGCUGUCCCACGUUGCCUUGGCUGGACUGCCUCUGCUGCUACCACAGCUUCCUGUGUAUCUUCAAUAUAAGUGUACCUCUAUUAAGCCACAAAAAAGAAAAACCUUUUUUUAUCUCUAUGGAAAAAAAAAAAAAAAUCAUUAUACAGACUUUUUUUUAUUAAAACUUAUAAAAUGUAUGUACAAUAUAUGUUGCGCUUUUUGAUAAAUAAAAACCAAUUAUGCUUGUUUAUGAACACAAAUAAAACAAUAAUUAUGUUCAAUGUUAA